UAUCAAAAAGAUUAACAUCCGUGAGUAUAAAUUUGGUGAGAUACAUAAAUCAGUUGUAUUCAACGCCGGAAUUUAUUUAAGAGUACUUAUUUAAGCCUAAAACGAUUUUUAAAAUGAAACUGUCUAGUUUCUUAAUAAUUUUAAUUUUUUCAAUAAUUCUGUCAUUAAAGAGUGAACCUGAAGCUUGUGUAUCGAAAAAUUCGAUUUGGGAUUGGAUAAUAAACAGAAAUAAUAAAAUUACUACUACUAGUCCUCUUGUCAUAAAAACAACUGCUACUCCAGUAGCUAAUAACAAAACUACUCCAGCUUCUACUAAAAUCAUUGAAGAUGAUGAAAUGCAGGCUAUUCUGGAUAUUUCAACCAGCAUUAAUCAAUUUUCGUUUGAAUUACAUGAGGUUAUUGCAAAUAAUACAAAUGGAAGUUUUAUCUCAUCGCCAUUAAGUGCAGCAAUGAUACUUAUGAUGGCAGCUUAUGGUGCACGUAGUGAAAAUGCCAAAGAAAUUAAUUCAGUGUUACAUAUCGAUACUAAUAAUAUUACGUACAAAAUAGGUAUAAAUUCUUUGAUUAGAAUGCUUAACGUAAUCGACCCAUCAGAAGUUCAAUUGAUACAUAAAAUAUAUGCUGCAGAAAAUGUAGAAAUCGACCCACAUUUUAUGAAUUUUGUAAAAACAACAUUUGAAUCAUCAGUAAAGAAUGUUGAUUUUAAAACUUAUACCAAUACCUCGAUAAAAACAAAUAAUUGGUGGGCAGACCAAACUUAUCAUCGUAUUACAAAUGUCAUAGAGUCUGAAAAUAUGCUUGUUCUCGUCAAUGUGUUAGUUUUUACGGGAAUUUGGGGUUCAACCUUUGAGGAAAAAAAUACUCGCUUAGAGCAUUUCCAUCUUAAUGAUACAAAUUCCAAAAAAGUACCAAUGAUGAAUCAACUUUUCCAAACACCAUAUGGUGUUCUUUCUGAAAUUGAUGCAACAUUUGUUAUAUUAGAAUACGAGGAUUUUAAUGAUGAUGAUGUAAUGAAAAUGAUUAUUAUCCUACCAAACAAAAUCAAUGGACUCGAUUCUAUUGAAAAAAAAAUCCAUAAAUUACAACUUGCUGAUUUUAACGGCAAAUUACAUCAAGUGAAUGUAUCACUGCCAAAAUUCAGAAUUAACAGUACAAUCAAUUUAGAAGAUAUGCUUACUAAAUUAGGAAUGAAAAUUGCAUUCCAAGAAGCCGCUGAUUUUUCCGGUAUCUUAAAAAUAAAUUCCGGGCUAAAAAUAAAUAAGGUAAAUCAACAUGUAAUGAUCCACGUAGACGAAGAAUGUACCGGAACUGCAGCUAUUAUUAAAUCAACUUACAGCCACAGAAUGAAACGCAGCUCUCCAUCGUUAGAAAAAGUUUCAUUUUAUGCUGAUCAUCCAUUCCUCAUUCUUAUUGCAAACAAUAACACUGUUAUUUUUACUGGCCGUGUUGUCGAUGUUUAAUUGUAAGCAAUGGGAAAUUGUUAUAAAAUAAAAA